UUGUUUUGGUUUUUUUGGCCAAUCGACCAUCAAACAACAACAACGAUACAAUGCACCAUUGACCAAUUUGAGUUUUCACUUUUUUUUUGUUAUUAUUGUCGUUGGUUUCUUGAUCGUUUUUUUUUAAUAUAUGGAUUCACGUUCGUUCAUUGUCUACUAUAGUACGCGUUAAUGACAUAAUGACAUUUUGUUGCCUGUAACCACAACCACCACCAUUGGAAAUAUCAUCAUCAUUGUUUUUUUGAUGAUUAUAAUGAUGGUCGAUUGUUGUUGUUAUAGUUGCUGUCAUCAACGCUAUAUUAUUAUUAUAAUGUGCCAUCAUAAUUGCUGUUCUGAGAAUCAUCAUCAUCUCUUUUCGUAUAGAAGAAAUUAAUGGUUGCCAUUAUUUAUCCUCGUCAUUUUCAUCCAUUAUAGUCAUGAAAAUAGAGCACCCUUCUGGCAUGAAAUAAUCUUCCAACUAUUUUAUGCACAUUAUUAUGCAAGCAAUCAAACCAUACGCUCAAAAUUUUUUUUUUCAAAGAAAAAAAAUAUCGAUUUUUUUUUCUUUCAUCGAUUGAUCUCAACCAACUGACAAGAACUGAAUACGAUGAAACAACCGUACAGAAUUCUAUAGUAAUUUGCCAAAACAAAAAAAACGAAACAUUGAUCGUUUCAUAUAUAUUUUUCUGACUGAAUUCUGAGUUUUCGCUCAAUUGAAAUCGACAUAUUUUUCCGUCAUCAUACAUACAUUUUAACAAAACCAUCCUAAAUUCCAUCACAUUAAAUCAAUAAAAUGUUUUGUUGUCAAAAUUCGGACGAGGUACGUCCAAUUGAAAAAGAACGCCGUAACCGAGACCACUGUACAGACUUGCCAUUUGCAAUCAUUUUCAUAUUAUUUCUAUUUGGUCUUGGCGCUAUUGCAUUCUAUGCAUUCAAUAUUGGCAGUCCAUUUCGUUUGAUACAUGGAUCCGAUUCAUUUGGAAAUGUUUGUGGUCAAAAAAAUGUUCGAAUCGAUAAUAUACCAUUCACCGGUUUGGAUCUGCGAAAUCGGCCGAAUCUUUUUCAUUUGAAUCAACGUGAUCCGAAAAAUUCGAUCAAAAUUUGUGUGAAAAAAUGUCCAAAUCGUGAUUUGGUUAACAUGGCUGAAAUCUAUCAAUUUUAUACUCGAUAUAAUUCUUCGCUUUGCAGAUAUGAUUUUGAAUUCAAUACAACCAUGCCGACAACAACAUCUAGUCCAUUGCAAGAACCUCGUCUAUAUCCAACAUUGGAUCAACUACAGGAACAACCGAAAUUUAACGAUACUGGAUUAUGUCCAACUUUACCAGUGUUUAGAAACCGACGAUUACUUUAUUAUUGUGUUCCUGAAAUGGCCAUCGUGCAAGGUGUUGCAUUAGGACAUUCACUGUAUGAUUUCAUGUCAAGUCGUGUUCCAUUGAAAAAAAUUGUUGGCGAUAUAAUCAAUUCACAUGAAGAAAUGGUCAUCAUGGGUGUCGUAGCUGUCGUUGCUUCGAUUAUCACCGUAUUCUCUAUUCAUUUUGUUGCCAGUUUAGCAUCAUGGCUAAUUCUGGUUGUUAUAUCGGCUCUUCUAGCAAGUUUAACAAUUAUAUUCUGGUGGAUUUAUUUUAUUUCACGUAAUCGUGAAGCAUUACCGGAAAAAUUGGCUAAAUUAUUACCGGAAGAUUCUGAAAAUGAUUCGAUUCUUUUAACAGUGGCCAUCAUAUGUACGAUCGUUACGUUGGUUAUUAUCUAUGCUGCGGCUAGUAUGCGUUCUCAUGUCAAAUUCGUUGUCACAUUAUUCCAUGAAACUGCUUCAUGUAUUCGUACGAUGCCUUUUCUAUUGAUUCAACCAUUAUGGACAUUAUUAGCAUUGAUUGUUUUCCUAUUCUUUUUUUUAUUCAUAUUGAUGGCAUUGGCUACAUCGGAUCAUCAAUCACGUGAUCAACGAAUGUUACAGGCAGCAACCAAUACCGAUAAUGAUUUACUUUCCGUUGGUGCGGAAUUGAAAAAUAAACUUACAUCAUUCACAUUGAUACGAUAUCGUUCUUCAUCAUGGAUACAAUUCAUGUGGUGGUAUUUGCUUAUUGCAUUUGUUUGGAUUGCAGAAUUUCUUUGUUCUUGUCAACAAUUAAUUAUUGCCGGUGCCGUAUCAUCAUGGUAUUUUUCACGUGAUCGUGAAAAUCUUGGAUAUCCCAUUCUGAAUGCUACUCGUGAUCUUGUCUGCUGUCAUCUUGGUUCAGUAGCAUUAGGAUCAUUCCUGAUCACGGCUGUUAAACUUCCACGAUUGAUCAUUCAACAAACGACAGCACGAUUGAAACAAUUUGAUAAAUAUCGAUUAGCUCGUGCCGCAUUACAAGCUUGUGCUUGUUGUCUUUGGGUUGUGGAAAAAUUUCUUAGCUAUCUAACACGUAAUGCCUAUACAAUGGUUGUAUUGAAACGUACCAGUUUCUGUGUCAGUGCACGAUUAGCUUUUCAAACACUAUUUUCUAAUGCUAUUCGCGUGGCUGCCAUUAAUUCGAUUGGAGAUUUUAUAUUACUUUUGGGUAAAUUAUUGGUCACAUCAUUAACGGCUAUUGUAGGCGUAUUGUUGAUUCGUUCAAAUACAGCCGUUCAUUAUUGGAUGAUACCGGUGCUGAUAAUGUCAUUGUUUGCAUUCUGGAUAGCUCAUUGUCUAUUGUCCGUCUAUGAAAUGGUUAUCGAUGCAUUGUUUCUUUGUUUCUGUCAUGAUAUGAAUCAACAUAAUGGAUCACCGGGUAAUGAAUAUUAUGCACCAGAAUCGUUAAUGAAAUUUUUACGUGAAGAUGAACAAACCAUGUCUGAGAUAAGACCAAAUCAAUCGAUUCCAACAAAUGAAGAUGAAGAUGAAACAGAUAUGAAAAACAUACGACAACAACAACCACAAUCACAACAACAUCAACAGGAUGGAUUAUAUCCAGAUCUUGAUGAUUAUCAAACUAUUCGAUGAUAAUCAUGAUGAUGGUGAUAAUAAUAAUAAUAACCACCACCGAAAGAAA